AUGGGAACGGUAAUAUUUUGUCUACAUCUGGCUGUGUUCUUAGAGGUAUAUAACAACGUGUACUGUAUAUACAGAGACUGCGGGGGAAUACUCCGGGCUCCCAAAGGUGUCAUACAGUCUCCGAAUUUUCCGGACGAAUUUCCUACGCCGAUUCGAUGUGAGUGGAUAAUCCACAACCAAAUAACACGGAUGACACGAAUUCACUUCACUCAAUAUUAUCUUACGAAUUAUUUUACUGUGCAAUUCUUUCAGGACUAUGAGAAUUCUGAAAAUUAUCGAAAUGAAUCAAAGGUGGAGACAAUGAAUGCCUACCAUGACGUGUAUACGCUGGAAAUACCAGCACCCUACGCUGUCUUGCGUUUUGGAGUGUACCAGAUGGAAGAUAUGAAUAUUCGCGUUUUGGAACAUCUGACUGACGUUUAUGGUUUUAAUAUUACGUAUGAAUUUGUAGAUGUGUUUUCAGAAAAAGAAACAUGCACUGCCUAUCAUUGUUCAUACCUUGGCAGUUGCUUGGCGUCUGCUGAUUUUUCGGAAUACAAGUGCCAUUGUACUGAGAAUUUUUUCGGGGAGUACUGUCAGUAUGGGCCGGACUGUAACCCUCACACUGAAACCAACCGAUGUCAGAAUCACGGCAUAUGCAGCUAUUUGAAUGGUUCAUUAAGCUAUGUCUGUGAAUGCCCUUUCGGUUACGCGGGUGGAUUGUGUGAAGUGGAACAAAAUGACUGCUACUAUUUAGCUUGCGAACAAGUAUGUACCGAUAUUGCUCUUGGGAUAAAGGGCUGCCAAUGCUUGGACGGGUACCAACUGAACAGUGACGGAAGAACGUGUUCGGCAAAAGAAUUACGGAUAGUGGAAAUGGUCAUGGGGAAUGGCGGAUGGAACUAUGGAGGGUACACGAACGAGAAUGAGUUUCUUACAAUAUCGUGCGUCGUCCGGGGAGCGAAUUCCACCAGCUUUAGAUGGUAUAAAGAUGGUAUUUUGAUAGAUUUCUCCAUUUCACCACGUGGGGGAUACGAGAGGAGGAUGAUGUCCCCUACAGAAGGAACCAUUCGUUCUGUUUUGUACUACGCCGAAGUUAAAAAGUACGAUGAAGGUUACUAUACCUGUGUUGCAUUUGAUGGUAUUACACAAAAGCGAAAGUCUUUCUACGUGUCAGUUCAGACGACUCCUCAAAUCUACAUGCCGAACAGACAGCUUGUUAUAUCUGCCAAUAACUCUGUACGACUUCCAUGCUUUUCCAUCAACGAACCGUAUAAUUCUUUUAAAUACGAAUGGUUUGAAAAUGGAAAGGCAAUAAAAUGGUAUACAUCUAACCGCAUAGUAGAAAGUUUACUACCAGCAGGAACCCAGUUGUUUGCGAAGGGGAUCACAAAAACUACAAAUUUUACUUGCCGCGUGAAGAACCAGGUCGGCCAUGUGAACGUGACUUCACAUGUCUUUGUCGCCAAAGAUAUACAUCUUGUGUGCCCAGCAGAAGUCUACAUGAAUAUUUUAUGGCCUGAAACAGAAAAAAACCAGUUUACCAAACAGAAUUGUCCGCCGGACUUUGGAGGCUAUGCUGAACGAUCUUGUGAAUGUGAUAUCAAUAAUCACUGCAUGUGGAAAAAACCAAGUUUUCUUCAUUGUCAAUCCAAUCAGUUGAUAGCACUUUAUGACAAGGUGGAAGUACUUCGCCAAGGAUAUCGAUCAACGACACUUACACAGAUUCUAAAAGACGUAUACACCUUUGUUAUAAUGCACAAGUUGGCUAUUCAUGUUGGGGAUUCUGAGCUUCUUGCAAGUGUUUUACGACGUAUUCUGGAAUAUUUGUGGGAAUUCCCUGCGGUGGCCACAAAUGAUGAAAGAAUUUCUUUCAAUAAUAUCAUAAAGAUAUUGGACCGUCUGUUAACUGUGACGAAAGACUUGUCUUUGAAGAUAAAACAGAAGUUAACCGUAGGAAUCAAUAUUUUGCGAACAUCAGCCUAUUUGACUCAAAUGCCAUUUCAACAAUUGUUUUAUAAGGAAGAUGGAGCUGGUAUUAAGACACAAAAUAUAGAGAGAGAGCUUACAUAUAUUGGAGUGGGCAGCAGGCGCAAUGCCCAUAUACGCCCUCUCCAUUGGUCACAAGUCAAUUAUAAGAGGCUUCGAUCUCAGCUCUUGUUUAUAUCGGAUGUUAUCGCUGUGUAUGCCGAACGAACUUCCCAAUUGUCAUCGGAUAUUCUAUCCACAGAUAUUUCUGUGAAAGUAGGAAAACAAACUAAAUGUGAAGAAUUUGAAUGUCUGUCUUGGGAAAGGAACCACAGGCCACCUUACAGCUACUCAUGGACGAAUACUAGCUGCUCCCUUGCCUCCGUGGUAACAGAAGUCGUCACGUGUCAUUGUACCCUUCCGGUGGAGGUGAUUGUGGUAGGACGUGCAAUCAAUACGGCAGUAGGUCAAACUCUGAAGAAAACAGAAAGUUAUAUUUCCGCGGUUGUCAUUCUGAUCCAUGUUACUUCAUUGUGUGGGUUGUUUGUCUGUCUAAUCGUCUAUGCAAUAAAUUGGAGAUAUCUGGUUGGUGAACACUACGUCUUUUACGUCAACUUCAACCUGGUUUUGUUUGUCAACAACAUUGUUUUCCUCGUUUGUCACAUGGGCCAAGAUAACAAGAAUCUCUGGCUCGUUGGUGAAAUGGCAGUAUAUUUCCUAUACAUAUCAGCGUUUUCAUUUAUCCUGUUGGAAAUAUUCCAUUUUUUCAUCUUGACAUCAACCUCAAAAAACCAUAAAGUUACUAAGAGAUGUUCUAGAUUCAUAAUCAUUGGCUGGGGAAUCCCGCUUGUGUUGACGAUAUUCUAUUCUACAUCUUCGGUUAUAUUUCCAAAGAUUUCAACUGAGAACACAAUGUUGAUUUGCUGGAUCUCAAAAUCCUCAUGGCAGUUUCAUAUUUUUAUGAUACCUGUAGCAUUUGUAAUUCUCACAUUCUUCAUAUUUACGGGUGUGGUGUGGCGAAUGCGAGUGAAAAUGACUGAGGAGAGUGAAGGCCUGUUCAAGAGACGUUUAAGAGUGAUUUUCUUCAAAUCUCUUGCAUUACUUUUACUAACAAUGGCGGAGGCUCUGCUGGGAAUGGACUUAUUCUCCAACAACAUUUCUCAGAUUGUUAUCCAUUUCAUAUGCAAAAUUAGUUUGGUUGUAUGUGUAUUUCUUACAAGAUGUGUUUGUGAAGGCAAGAUGAAGCAUUGUAUCAUACGUUGUCCUUCAAUAGAGAAGAGUUUGAAACGCAGUAUGCUAUGGGGACACAUUAAAGGUCUUCUCUUUCUCACAGAGGACAAAAUAUCGCGAUCGGAAAUGGAAGCCAGGGAUUACUACGAGGAAAUUAAUAAAACAAAAUAUACUAGGGAAAAAAAGAGAGAGUUGUCGUUCCUUCUCGGAAGUUCCAGAAGGCCGACUAGGUCAGAUAGUAACGGAAGUGGCAGCAGCAGGAUGACGAGUACAUCCAUGGAGACAAGCAUGACAAAUGUCAGUUCCGAAAAAGGAGAAAACUCGACAAAUGAUUCAUUAAAUACGUCCAGCAUAAUGGAAAACUGUACGAGGUGCGAUGGCACAGAAAGUUCAAGCGGGGAUCGAAAGUUAAACAUGAAAAAGGAGGAGGACUUUUCCCUGCAUAACCUUCCGAGAAAAAAAUCAUAUGAAAAGUGUGAAAAAAAGCCUUUGAACAAAGUCCGAAAAUUAUCAGAAAUGGUUGAGCUGACAGUUUUAAUACACAACAUUGAUCAGAAUGACAUUACCUGUGGUUCUGGAGAAGAUGUUAAAAGUUUACGAGCGAACAGACAAAGGCCCCCGGAAUUAAUCAGAUUAGCUGAAUGUGAGCAAAACAUAGAAUGUUGUGGAAGGAGCAUCCUUGACAACUCUAAUUUCUUAUUGCAGAUGAAGCAUUGUAUCAUACGUUGUCCUUCAAUAGAGAAGAGUUUGAAACGCAGUAUGCUAUGGGGACACAUUAAAGGUCUUCUCUUUCUCACAGAGGACAAAAUAUCGCGAUCGGAAAUGGAAGCCAGGGAUUACUACGAGGAAAUUAAUAAAACAAAAUAUACUAAGGAAAAAAAGAGAGAGUUGUCGUUCCUUCUCGGAAGUUCCAGAAGGCCGACUAGGUCAGAUAGUAACGGAAGUGGCAGCAGCAGGAUGACGAGUACAUCCAUGGAGACAAGCAUGACAAAUGUCAGUUCCGAAAAAGGAGAAAACUCGACAAAUGAUUCAUUAAAUACGUCCAGCAUAAUGGAAAACUGUACGAGGUGCGAUGGCACAGAAAGUUCAAGCGGGGAUCGAAAGUUAAACAUGAAAAAGGAGGAGGACUUUUCCCUGCAUAACCUUCCGAGAAAAAAAUCAUAUGAAAAGUGUGAAAAAAAGCCUUUGAACAAAGUCCGAAAAUUAUCAGAAAUGGUUGAGCUGACAGUUUUAAUACACAACAUUGAUCAGAAUGACAUUGUGAUAUAGAUACAGUGUAGUUUGACGUCGUUUUUCAAUGUCACAUUAUUAUUUUUAUAUGUAUUAUAUCACAAUUACCUAUUGUUUGUUAUUAAAACAAAGCAUUAAAAAAAGUUUGUUUUUACAUUAGCUGAAAUUUACAAGUUUUAAGAAGCGUCAGAGUUAUUUCCCUUUAGAGAACUCUCGUACAAAGUAAGGCGCGAAACAAUUUGUUUACAUGCGGAAGUGGGACACAACACCCAAAACAGCAUGUGCUCAGGAAGAUUUCAUACGCAGUCUAUCACCGGAAAUCGACUGAUACACAAAUUAAGUAAGUGAUAGAGAGUAAUUAGAUACAUGAAAUUCUUAUCAUACCACGUAAUUUCGUUACUCAUGCAUGCAUGUACUAUAUUUAGGAUAUUACUUGCAAAUAUCACAAUGUUUUGUUUUCCUUUUAGAACAUUUCUUUUGAUAGUUAUUUGCAUUUUACAUUUACAUAUUUGAACAGAAGUCGCGUUUAGUACAUUUUAUCGUCUUCCUCACUGACUGUAGGCAUUCAAAGUACCCACUAAAUGCACCUCGUACAAAGAAGAGCUAUAUUGUAUACAGUAUGUCGAUAUCUUUACAUACUGGUUGU